AUGUAUUUUAAAGAAGAAGGCGGGGCUUUCUGGUUGUUAGCCAACAGAAACAAGCCCCACCCUCCUCAGUGUGACAUCGAGUGCCGCAACACAGUGUUUUUCCUUUUUAAAGGGAGCGAAGAAAAAGAAAGGGAUACCGCAAAGACCUGUCUAUGGAGAAACCAUGAAGCCCCCUUUGCUACCAGCCAGCAGGAACAGGACUCUCUCAAAGAAACAUCUCCUAAACAAGCAUCUGGAGUUGGAGAAGGUCAAGGAACAACUGGUGAAGAGGAAGAAAAGAAAAAGCAAAAGAGAGGUGGAAGAGGUCAGAUAAAACAGAAGAAAAAAUCUGUUCCUCAAAAAGUUACAAUAGCAAAAAUUCCUAGAGCAAAAAAGAAAUAUGUUACAAGAGUGUGUGGUCUCGCAACUUUUGAAAUAGACCUUAAGGAAGCACAAAGAUUCUUUGCUCAGAAGUUCUCUUGUGGUGCCUCAGUCACGGGAGAAGAUGAAAUAAUCAUUCAAGGGGACUUUACAGAUGACAUCAUUGAUGUAAUCCUGGAAAAAUGGCCUGAGGUUGAUGAUGAGAACAUUGACGAUUUGGGAGAAGUCAAGAAGUGAAAAUGUGUUUUUAAAAAACAAAACCUGCCUUCUGACCAGCAACAAGUUUUAGUUGAUGUGGCCAACAUAAAGUUUCUUCUUGCUUGAUAGCAGAAUUAUUAAAAGGCACCUUAUUGUUGGCAUUUCACUGUUCUGUAUUGGUCACUUAUAUUAUUGUGUUUUUGCCAAAUUUAAAACCUAAGGAAGUAAGACCAUCAUGCUUCCACAGAGACUUGAUUGAAUAAAAAGUAAUUGUUCCUUAUUCAAAUGGUUUUUAAACAUUUUUCCUAACAGAGUUUAAUUUUUCAGCAAGCUUUGAGAUUAUGUUUUCAAAAGAAGAUAGAUAUCAUGAAAAAUAGAUGCUUUGUAUGAAUUUACAGGAGUGGCCGCGGUGGCACAAUGGGUUAAACCUUUAUGCUGGCUGAGCAGCUGACCUGAAGGUCAGUGGUUUGAAUUUGCAAGAUGGGGUGAGCUCCUGCCUGUCAACCCCAGCUUUCCAUGCAGGGACAUGAGAGAAGCCUCCCAGCAGGAUGAUAAUACAUCUGGGUGUCCUCUGAGCAACAUCUUUGUAGAUGGCUGAUUCUCUCACACCAGAAGCAACUUGUCUCAAUUCGCUUCUGAUGCAAUAUAUUUUUUUUACAGGAAAUCAAAUAAGAGUUCCUCACAAAUGUCUGGGGUGUUACAGAUAACUCAUUUGUUGCUAUGCACUUGAAUAGACUAACAUAAAUGUCCUUCUGGAAAUCAAAAGGUGCUGAGCUUCUUUGUCUACAAGAUUACCGUGAACAUUCUGUAUCCCCAGAGCUCCAGAGAAAAUAUGUUAGGAUACACCAACUGCCUCAGUAGAUGUGUGUUGCUCUAUAUUGUAGAGCAGGGGUCCCCAAACUAAGGCCUGGGGGCCGGAUGCGGCCCUCCAAGGCCAUUGACCUGGCCCCCACCCUCAGUUUUAGACUUAGGCUCGCCCAAAGUCUGAAAUGACUUGAAGGCACAACAACAACAAUCCUACUUGAUUAUCUCAUUGGCCAGAAGCAGGCCCACACUUCCCACUGAAAUCCUGAUAAGUUUACAGUAUGUUGGUUAAAAUUAUUUUUAUUUUUAAAUAUUGUAUUGUUCUUUCAUUUACUAAUAUUGUAAAUGAAAUAUUGUAAAUGAAUGAUGUGGUAAUCAUAUAAUAUAUUGUGUAUACAUAUAAUAUUGAUAAUAAUAUUAUAAUGUAAUACAAUAUUUUAUUUAUUUAUUUAUUUAUUACAGUAUUACUACCCCACCCUUCUCACCCAAUAGGGGACUCAGGGCAGCUAAUAAUAAUAAUACAAUAUAAUAAUAUUGUAUAAUAUAAUAUUAAUUAUAUAUUAUAUAUUAAAUGUAAUAUUACUAAUAAUAUUACGGUAUAAUGGUAUAGUUCAAUAUAGUAAUAUAUAAUGCUAAUAUUGUGCUAUGCUAAUAAUAUAAUAUAUUGUAUGUACAUACAACUUGUAAGCUGCUCUGAGUCCCCUUUGGGGUGAGAGAGGGUGGGGUAUAAAUGUAGCAAAUAAAUAAAUAAAUAAAUAAUUUUGCUGGGUUUUUUGUUUGUUUGUUUUGCCCUGAAAACAUGGCUAUGUGCCCAGGCUUUCAAAGAUUAAGUGAUAAAGACGACCCAGACUAAUUUACAGCUACAGCAUGAGGAUUUUGGAUGAACAGAUUUUUAACCAUAUGUUUUAUAUUUUUAUAUUAUUUUUAAUUAUUUUAAUUACAUGCAGGCAUCGAAUUGUUGCCAAUUGUGUACGCCACCCUGAGUCCCUUCAUGUGAGAAGGGUGGGAUAUAAAUGUUGGAAAUAAUAAAUAAACAAAUAAAUAAGACAUGUGCAGUGAG